ACACAAUCCCGCCGCUUCAACCACCUCAGCACCGGGGCCUGAGGGUAGGUCGACGCAAGAACCGGUCUGGGGAAUAUCAGACCCUGGUCACGAUGAUGUCGUUGUUGCAGCCUCUUCCCCGAAUGCCUUUUUCCGACCUUGCCCUCCCCGUUUCAACCCACCUGCUCACAGUACCAGUUUCUUUUGGCUCUAAUUUCAUCUAUCUCUCCCUCUUGAACACAUCCCUAUUUCUCUCCAUAUUUGCCGAAGUCGCCUUUACCUUUCCUCUCUCCUCUUCAUCACCCUGUGGCCACCAUGUCGGAGCCACAGCAAACACCCACACCGGAUAAUACACCUGGGGGGAAGAAGCCCAGUCGGCCGGGGCUGGAACGCAGCAACUCGGACCAGUCGACGACGAGCGCGGACGACCAAGGCUACGAGUCACGAUCCAGAUCACAGUCCCGAAGACGGAGACGACAGAAUCAACGACAGAGACAGGCCCAAGCCCGAGCUCAGACCGGAAAUGCCUCUGCAAACUCAAUGGCGGCGAUCGACGAGGGCGCCGAACCCCAGCAGCAAGUCGCAAGACGGGCACAGCCGACAGAGGUGCAUCCCAGUGAACAACAACAAAAUCCGCAAUGGCUAAAGAACCCCGACCCUCGCGACAUUACAGAGUUUCAACCGUUCGAACGGAUCAAACCGCCGUCGCAAUCCAUGCAGGGCCCGGUGACAUACGCACGCAUGAUCCGGGGAGAAAUCCCAUGGCGAGGCCCUCCGCCCUCACAACCACUUGAGACCGCACAACCUAUCGACUCCAAGGAUAGCAGCGGGAAAGAUCCUAUGGAUCAAGAUGGCUUGAAGCUCCGGUUGGAGUUGAACUUGGACAUCGAAAUUGAACUCAAGGCCAGCAUCCACGGUGAUCUGACAUUGGCACUCCUGUGA